CUCCACCGCAGUUGUAUUUCGCGCGCAAUUGCAUGCAGCAGGUGUCAAGGACUACAUCAAUCCAUUCAUUGAGGAUAGUGGCAACGUUGAGGUAGAAAUGGCUGAAUCGAUGCUCAUCUUGAGAAUGUGUUCCAUAAUGAUGGUCCUUGGUUUUUCAGAGUCCAAAAUGGAAAUCAUCACCCACACAGCAGAUGUGUUGCUGGGUGAGAAUUCCAUGCUCCUCUGCAAAGCUGGUGGGGAAGGAGAGAUCACCUGGCAGAAAGAUGGAGAGGAUGCUGAAGAUGAACAGGUUGAGAAAGUGGAUGAGACAUCGUCAAAACUGUUCAUCAGGAAUGCCAAGAUGGAGGAUACAGGACGGUACACAUGCCUCUGUGAAUUUGAGACAGGUCACAGAGAUGAUGUAUCCUUGACCAUCUUUGUCUACGAGCGGCCAUCUUUCGGGCAAACACCGGUCUACCAUGAGUUCCUGGAGGGUCAAGAUGCGGUUAUCACCUGCUUGGUCACUGGCAAGCCGGGGGUGGAAGUCAACUGGGAGAGGGACCAUCAGAAACUGCACUCUGACGGUCGGAUCACAAUACUGAAAGACAACUCUCUACAGAUCAAGAACAUCAACAGGAAGGAUCAUGGAUCCUAUACCUGUGAGGGCAAAAUCAAGGACCGGCACAUUUCCGAAAAGCUCGUCAUCACCAUUUUUGUCAACGUUCCUCCCACAGUGAAGAUCCAUGAGGAGGUGAAGAAUGUCAUGGCCGGACCAGAGACCAAUGUCUCCCUCAGCUGCCUGGUCGAGGGAGUCCCCCAACCGAACAUCACCUGGACAACCCCAGACUCUUCAGAUGAGUCCCGCUACAAGUACAACUCAGACAAGAGUGAGCUGAUUAUCUCGUCCGUAGUCAGGAGUGACUAUGGAGAGUACAUCUGCACGGCCAAGAAUAAGAUCGCAGAGAGCAGUGCCAUGAUCAUGCUGGAUGUCUCAGAGCAUCCAGUAGCAAUGCUGAGCCAGGAGAAGAUGGAGGUGGAGCCUGGCCAGACACUCUCAGUGUCCUGUAAUGUCUCAGGACACCCUAUGCCCGCGCUGCAGUGGGUCAGGAAGACCAACAAUGACCACCUCGUAAAAGUAGACGCUGGUGGAGGUCGAGUGAGAAUGGAGGAUGGCUAUGUCCUGGUCAUUGACAAUGUGACACCCUCUGAUGGAGGUCUAUACAGCUGCAUGGCUAUCAGUCCUGUUGGCAACACCUCCACAGACUUCAGCCUGCAGACCUGGCCAGGUAAAGCAUCCCAGGUGAGUGGCACCCCAGGGCCCACGUCGGUCCACUUCACCCUGGGGGGCUUCCCC